CCCGACAAAAGUAUGAUAUCAUUCCGUAAGCCAAACGCUAACAACCCGACCUCCCCGUGCACUGUGGACAGGGUAAACGUUUUCGCGCAAAGUUGUAGGGGUAAUUCAGGCAUUUUUUUGCCUCGUAGUGCUCGGAAAUAUAAAUUAUAGACGUUGUUUUCUGAUAUAUGGGAAGCCUCAGUUAUGUCUAGAGGUUUACAUUUGCGUGUUUUCGUUGCGUAUAUUGAGGGGGAGGGGGGCGGCAAGCCCAUGUGUCUAAAGCGCUAAAUUAUGUACAUUUUUAGCGAAGGUUGUGGGGUGGUAAAUACGCCUAAACAACAAGUAAUGCAUUGCCAGUUUCUCUAAGAAGGAACAUAAUGGUUUCUCUAGGUAAUAUUUGACAAUUUUGAACUUCUGUUGCAACUCUUCACAGCUUGUCUUUGAAAUGCGUCAAUAGUCUAUUAUGACUAACAUCACAUACGCUUGUGUGUUGUUUACACUUACAGGUUUCAGAAUAAAUAUGCAUAUAACAUUUUUGAGAGUGUGUAGGGCUACAUACAAGCUAAGACAUUCAUGUUUCUCCAAGAAGGGGUAUAAAUAUUUUUCCUUCUUAAUAGAAUUUGAAACUGUCCACAACCUGUAUCUGAAAUGUGUAAAUAAUGAUUUGUGUCUAUAUGUAUAUUCAUGAACACCACCACCUACACUUGUGUGUUAUACACAAAUUUAUGAAUAUGCAUACACUGAACUUGCACCUUUCCACAACCUGUCUUUGAGUGCGUACUAUCUAUAUGUAUAAUCUUGAACACCACCACUGACACUUGUGUGUUAUAUGCAAAUUUAUAAAUAUGCUUGUUACAUAUGGCUUCAAUAUGUCCAUCAACCAUCUAUAUUUAUUACAACUGCAUUUUCUGAAACAUUUUGCAUCAGGAUGGGCAUUAAAGGACUUCUGCCAGACCUUGCCAGAUCAGCAGAAUCCAUCACCAUUGAAGAUAUGGCUGGGUCUAUAGUUGCCAUUGAUGGGUCCGGCUGGCUCCACAAGGGUAUAUAUGCGUGUGCGAAAGAGUUGUUCCUGCAACAACACACUGACAGCUACAUCAGGUUCUUUAUGAACAACAUUGAGACUCUGCUCAAAAAAGGGAUCACACCACUGGUCGUGUUUGAUGGCCCAAACCCGUUGCCAGCAAAGGCUGAAGUGGCAGCAGAGAGGAGACAGAUUCGGUCUACAGCCAAGAUGAAUGCUUUACUCGCCAUCUCUCAGGGAAGAGGUAAUGCGGCGGAUGCAAGGCGACAUUUCUGCAGCGCCGUGGGAGUGGCCCCUGACAUGGUCGACAAUGUUAUCAAGGCAUUGAAAAACAGAGGAGUCGAUUACGUGGUAGCACCGUACGAGGCGGACCCACAACUUGCCCUGAUGAGUAUAAGUGGGACAGCAGAUUACGUGAUCACAGAAGACACAGACCUGUUGGUCUUUGGUACAAAGCAGUGUGAAACACUUAACGGUGAAAAGAGGAGGAAAGCCGCUGCCCUGGGGGAACAAGAAGACAAGGAAACGGCGGAGAUCCUCGCAUAUCUCGCCACAAUAGAGACACCUGAGAAGAAUGCCCCGGUCAAGAGGACAGAGAUGGCAUCUAGAUCUGUUGGGGGGGACAAGUCGAUUGCUGCCGGGAUAGAUGAUGUGAUUAAGGACUCCUUUAGGCCGGUGGAGCAGCGAUUGGAUAGGAUGGAAGCCCAACUUUGUCACAGUGGUGGCGCUCCUGACAAGGAGGUCCAAGGACAGGAGCAAAGAGAUGGCAAGCAAGCCCCAGGACCCCUCGAGUGGCCCCGGUGGGGGCGAGGUCAUCAGCACCGCUAUGAAGUGUGUGGAGGGCUGGCAGCAGCCACCAGGAUCGAGCUGGCAGCAGCCACCAGGAUCGAACUGGCAGCAGCCACCAGGAUCGAGCUGGCAGCAGUCGCCAAACGCGAGCUGGCAGCAGUCGCCAAACGCGAGCUGGCAGCAGUCGCCAAACGCGAGCUGGCAGCACAGUCGCCAAACGCGAGCUGGCAGCAGCUCUCCACCUCCCAAGGCCACGGCGCCUCACCUGCUACCUGGCCUACCUUCGAGGCCGGGUUCCAACGGACACCCCAGCUGACACCACCGUCCGCGCCCACGUCGUCCAGCCAAGCAGAGAUGGUUCCGGUCGGCGACCCAAACCGCCGCGUGUUCCUUGAGGCGGAUGUGCUUGCAAGGGUAGAGAUGGUACUGCCAACGAGUGACGACCAAACGGCCGCCACCUCUGUUAGCAAACUACUCGGAGCGCUGUUCUCCCGGCAAGAGUUGGCCGACAACAACGCCAUGGGAGAAAACGGGAGGACAGCGCUCGACCGGAACAAGGUCGAGGCGAUCAUUGAGUGGGUUGCGGAGAAAACCAAGAAAUCAGCAGGGGACCAGCGCUUCCGGCGGGCAAUCAUCUCCCUGAUUAACAAGCGGUGCCGCCACAUCAGAAACGACGUGAAAAAGGCAGCAUGUUGA